AUGUCGAGCAAGAUGAGAUGGAGACUCAUAUCCACCAGACGUAAGUAUUGCAAGAAGGUCCUGGAGAGAUUUGGUUUUGGCGAAGCGCACGGUAGCGCAACUCCUAUGGAGACUAACGCGAGGUUUAGUAAGCGCAUUGAACCACCUCAAGACGACUGCAUUGAUUUUGGUUAUCAAGGAGCGAUUGGAUCGUUCAUGUACUUGGCGACAAGUACAUGGCCCGAUAUAUUCUAUGCUGUGGGCUAUUUAAGGCGUUUUGUAAGCAACCCGUCGCGAAAACACUUGGAGCAGCCAAGCAAGUGGUGCAGUACCUGUCUGGUACACGUCAGAACGGCAUCAGAUUCGCAAAAGACAUGGAGUCAAAAGAAAAUGUUGUCAGUACUGGAUAUUGUGAUGGUGAUUAAGGUGAUGAUCCCGACUCAAGAAAAAGUUUAA